GUGGAGCAGCCAAGAUGGAGCCGGCAGCCGGCGGCCCCGGCCCGCUGAUCAUGAACAACAAACAGCCCCAGCCGCCACCACCUCCGCCACCCGCAGCCGCGCAGCCUCCACCCGGAGCCCCGCGGGCCGGCGGAGGCCUCCUGCCCGGGGGCAAAGCCCGGGAGUUCAACCGCAACCAGCGCAAAGACUCGGAGGGCUACUCCGAGUCCCCAGACCUCGAGUUUGAGUAUGCUGACACAGACAAGUGGGCUGCAGAGCUCUCGGAGCUUUACAGCUACACGGAAGGGCCAGAAUUCCUGAUGAACCGAAAAUGCUUUGAGGAAGACUUCCGGAUCCACGUAACGGACAAGAAAUGGACCGAGCUGGACACCAGCCAGCACCGUACGCAUGCCAUGAGGCUCCUGGAUGGCUUGGAAGUCACCGCCAGGGAGAAGAGGCUCAGGGUGGCUCGGGCGAUCCUCUACGUUGCCCAAGGCACCUUCGGGGAGUGUGGCUCAGAGGCAGAGGUGCAGUCCUGGAUGCGCUACAACAUCUUUCUGCUCCUGGAGGUGGGCACGUUCAAUGCCUUGGUGGAGCUUCUGAAUAUGGAGAUAGACAACAGUGCGGCCUGCAGCAGCGCAGUGAGGAAGCCGGCCAUCUCCCUGGCUGACAGCACAGACCUGAGGGUACUGCUCAACAUCAUGUACCUGAUUGUGGAGACCGUUCACCAGGAGUGUGAGGGCGACAAGGCCGAGUGGAGGACCAUGCGACAGACCUUCAGGGCCGAGCUGGGUUCCCCCGUGUACAACAACGAACCGUUUGCCAUCAUGCUGUUUGGGAUGGUGACCAAAUUUUGCAGCGGCCAUGCCCCUCACUUCCCAAUGAAGAAGGUUCUCCUACUUCUCUGGAAGACAGUGUUGUGCACUCUUGGCGGCUUUGAGGAGCUGCAGAGCAUGAAGGCUGAGAAGCGCUCCAUCCUGGGCCUCCCCCCACUGCCCGAGGACAGCAUCAAGGUGAUCCGCAACAUGAGGGCUGCCUCUCCGCCGGCAUCUGCCUCGGACCUGAUUGAGCAGCAGCAGAAGCGGGGCCGUCGGGAGCACAAGGCGCUGAUAAAACAGGACAACUUGGAUGCCUUCAACGAGCGGGAUCCGUACAAGGCUGAUGACUCUCGAGAAGAGGAAGAGGAGAAUGAUGAUGACAACAGCCUGGAGGGGGAGACGUUCCCCCUGGAGCGGGACGAAGUGAUGCCUCCUCCGCUGCAGCACACUCAGAGCGACAGGCUUACCUGCCCCAAGGGGCUCCCAUGGGCGCCCAAGGUCAGAGAGAAAGACAUUGAGAUGUUCCUCGAGUCCAGCCGUAGCAAGUUUAUAGGUUACACUCUAGGCAGUGACACGAACACGGUGGUAGGGCUGCCCAGGCCAAUCCACGAAAGCAUCAAGACUCUGAAACAGCACAAGUACACGUCGAUUGCAGAGGUACAGGCACAGAUGGAGGAAGAGUACCUUCGCUCUCCUCUCUCGGGGGGAGAAGAGGACGUGGAGCAAGUUCCUGCGGAAACCCUGUACCAAGGCUUGCUCCCCAGCCUGCCUCAGUACAUGAUUGCGCUGCUGAAGAUCCUGUUGGCCGCCGCCCCCACCUCGAAAGCCAAAACCGACUCGAUCAACAUCCUGGCAGACGUGCUGCCUGAGGAGAUGCCCACCACGGUGUUGCAGAGCAUGAAGCUGGGGGUGGAUGUGAACCGUCACAAAGAGGUCAUUGUUAAGGCCAUUUCUGCUGUCCUGCUGUUGCUGCUCAAGCAUUUUAAGUUGAACCACGUCUACCAGUUUGAAUACAUGGCCCAGCACCUGGUGUUUGCUAAUUGCAUCCCUUUGAUCCUCAAGUUCUUCAAUCAAAACAUCAUGUCCUACAUCACCGCCAAGAACAGCAUCUCUGUCCUGGAUUACCCCCACUGCGUGGUGCAUGAGCUGCCGGAGCUGACCGCUGAGAGUCUGGAAGCAGGUGACAAUAACCAGUUUUGCUGGAGGAACCUCUUUUCUUGCAUCAAUCUGCUUCGGAUCCUGAACAAGCUGACAAAAUGGAAGCACUCGAGGACAAUGAUGCUAGUGGUGUUCAAGUCGGCCCCCAUCUUGAAGCGGGCCUUGAAGGUGAAACAGGCCAUGAUGCAGCUCUACGUGCUGAAGCUGCUCAAGGUGCAGACCAAGUAUCUGGGGCGGCAGUGGCGGAAGAGCAACAUGAAGACCAUGUCCGCCAUCUACCAGAAGGUGCGGCAUCGGCUAAACGAUGACUGGGCGUAUGGCAAUGAUCUUGAUGCCCGGCCCUGGGACUUCCAGGCAGAGGAAUGUGCCCUCCGUGCCAAUAUCGAACGCUUCAAUGCCCGGCGGUAUGACCGAGCCCACAGCAACCCUGACUUCCUGCCUGUGGACAACUGUCUGCAGAGUGUCCUGGGCCAGCGGGUGGACCUCCCUGAGGACUUCCAGAUGAACUACGACCUCUGGUUAGAAAGGGAGGUCUUCUCCAAGCCCAUCUCCUGGGAGGAGCUGUUGCAGUGAGGCUCCUGCACAGGGGACUGACCGAAAAGGAAAGGAGGGCUGAUCUGGAGGUGCCCCAGGGGCUGUCCCAGUUCAUUGCCGCAGUGCUCCCACCUCCCUCCAGGUGGCAGCACAGCCCCACUGCGCCCUCCUGAGGCCUCGCUGGGCUUGUGGGGGAGUCCAGAUUUGGCCCUUCGUUCAUUCCCGGCGUCCUGCUCAGAGCCGUCAGCUCUCUGCUUGGGAUCCUCUCUUCCUUCACUCCUUCCCACCCUCUCCUCUUGGACAUGGUUGGUUGCAGCUCAUUUCUUAGUCAGCCCAAGGCCGGGAAAAGCCAAGAUGGGCUGGGAAGCCAUUGCAUCUGAAUGGCAGGGGUCGCACUGAGACUCUUCUGAGACACAACGAAUCCUUGGCACGUCAGCUGGCCAAGGAGGGAGGGCUUAGGAUUAGGGCCAGGGCUAGGAAGUCGGACUCUUGGUUUUGCUUUGGGAGGUUUCUGGUGUCAUUCCAGGCUCCUGCUAAGUUUCAUCCAGAGGCAAUUGCAGAGGCUCCAACAGCUGCCUCAGUGCUUUGAUCUUGGACAGGGUUAGGAAGAGAAGCCGCCCUUAACCAGAGGUGCCAUUUUUCCUCUUGGUUUGCAAGGGUCUGUAAAUACCUAUAUAUAAAUCUCUGUAUUCUCUUGUGUCACGUGGGGGUUUUUCACGUGUUUGUGUAUUUGGUUUACAUUAAAAGGAAGUAAAAACGAC